AGCGCGAGGCCGCCCCGCCGGAAACACGAGGCCGAAUUCCAAGCUAUUGUCCCUCCUCGCCGGGGUCGCGCGCUCCCUGCGGAGGUCGCGGCGCCUGCCUUCCGCUAGGCAGUGGGCCCGGGCCCCCGCCCCGAGGGGUGGAAGAACCUAGGUACUCUCUCCCCCGCACUUGUUGCCUACAGACUUGCCGUACUCCGUCUCCCUUAAGCCCGCCUCUUUUCUGCUCUCCUUCGGGCCACAGAAGUGAAUAGACUCUUGUGAUUCCAGAUAGUCUUGGAAAAUCUCCCCAUCUCAAGAUCCUUAAUUUGAUUACAUCCUCAAAGUUUCUUCUACCAUCUCAAGUAAUGUAUUCACAGGAGCCAGGGAUUACAACAUAGAUCUCCGAGGAGCCAUUUUUCAGCCCACCACAUCAAGGAGAGCUAAACAACUGUGAACACAGCUGGAUUACACUGCAGCAUGCAGCAUGGUCAUAAACUCUAGCUACUGCCAACACUGAAUAUGCAUAAACAAUGCCAUCAGCUGAGACGCCAGAGGUGCCUUGAUUCCUCCUCCCCACAAGCAGGAAAGCAGAGGAGGCAUUACAAAAUGUGUUUGUUAUAAAAAGGGGGCAUUGGGCCUGAUAGAGCCCUGGCCAGUAAAAACAAGAUGAUGUACUAGUGAAAGUACCAUCUGAGGGAAGCGGAGUCUGUUUCCCACAGCUGAUGCACCUUCUAUCUUUCUGACCCUGUUUUGUGCUCCAGGAGGUAGUUCUACAGCCUCCAUCAACAGGCAACUCAUCCCUCUGGGUCUCAGGACCCAUAUAUCUGUAAAUGUGCCCCACCCCUCACUCCCAUUGAACUCAUCCUAACAGCACCUGGGCUGAAACAUUAACCUAGACCAAAGGGGAGUGAGGCUGAUUGAUGGAGUAGAGAUCGCUGUUGGUAAAGGGAGGAGUUCUAGAGUGGAUGUGUUGAAGAAUGGACAGUGCAGCUGGAGCCUAGAGAGGGAAGGGGUGUAUUCACAGCCAAUGAAGAACACCCACUCCAUUUUUGGAUCUGGAGCCAGAAGCAGAACAGCGAAGAAUUUUCUUCUCAUCUUGGCAGGUGUUUGCUUCAGAAUGUACACGGAAGACGAGGCUAAGAAAAUAGGAGUGGUUGGCUGGGUGAAGAAUACCAGCAAAGGCACUGUGACAGGCCAAGUGCAAGGCCCAGAAGAUAAAGUCAAUUCCAUGGUCCUUUUGUCAAAGGUGAUGGCAGACACUAUGACAGUGGCUAAAGUCACCCAGAAAAAGUACAGAGAAAGCAAGCCAGGCAAAGGCAUAGAACUUUGUGGAAAACUUAUUUUUAAGGGGAUGUCCUGGCUGAGCAAGGUUGGAAGUCCCAGUUCUCGCAUCGACCGCACGAACUUUUCUAAUGAAAAAACCAUCUCUAAAGUUGAAUACUCGAAUUUUAGUAUCCGAUACUAAUAGAAGUAAAAAUUUUAAUGCUUACAUUGCACAACAAACUCUAUAUAUUCUUAAGUCUAUGUACUAGAAUAUUAGUAGCAGAGUAAGUUAAAAAAGGAACUCUGUUCUGAAAGCUACAACACAGUAUGUGUUACUAAAAAUGUCUGACACUGAAAUAGUUUUACUCAACUAUGUUUUUAAAAAGUAAAAACUUAACAUUAUAAAUGUCAUUACAAAACAUUUAAUAUGAAUAUUUAAACUUGUGUCUCAUGAAAUCUUUGAUGAAUGUCCUAGCAAACAUGUCAUUUGGCUAGGCAUAAAAUAAAGCUCAUAAUUUAAAAAUUAAGUAUUGUUUUCUGAAAUGAAUUCUAAAACCUUCUGCAUAAUAAUUUGUUAUUUUAGUUGAGUAAUUUGUUUAAUAUGAAGAACCAAUAGAUAUAAAUGUAUGAUGAUCAAUAUAACCAUAAAAUAGUAUCAAUAAAGAGUUAAUUUUUAAAA